UUCGUUAUCAAGUCGAAUUCAGCUAAUAUUCCAUUUCUGAAUGAGUUGGCUACAAUUACUCAUUCUUCGAACAAAACAUUUUUUUAUCACAAACGUUUGAAAUAGAAUCUUCAAUUUCCAAACAAAAAUCAAAAUGCGAAACUUUUGAUUUGAUUGACCGGUUUGUACUUUCACUUUGCACGGUCGAUCACAUUGCGAAAGUUAUUUCUUCAUAAUUUCAUGAAUCAAUAACUAACUCCAGUGUCAAUGUUUGUUCCUGAUUGGCAUCAGUGACAUUUACGAGAGGGAAUAUGAAAGCAGAAGAUUUCAUCAUAUUGGAAUUCUGUAGGAAGUUACGGCGUGUCCAAAAUCCUCCAUAUACUUGUCCUAUUGAAGAAUGUGGUAAAGUGUACCAAGGGCUUUGUGGUUUACAGUACCAUUUAAAUCAUGUAAACCAUUCCAUCGCUAAAUUGAAGGAGUUUUUCAAUGAAUUGCCUGAUGUUCCUGCAUCCACUCCUCAUAAAUCUCAUACUCGUUCAGGUCGUCGAAGAGGAAGAUUUUCCAGAUUACCAGAGCCUCCUCCAGUUGUUGUACACUGUAUAGAUCCUGCGGAUGAAGUAAAUUCUCACGAAUCAAAAUCAUACGUGCAAUUUGAAGUGAAUAGUAAAACCGUACAUGUUAAGAACAAAGCAUUAGUAGAAAUGCGUGUUAAAGAGGAUUACGAAAAAGAAUACGGGGAUAAAUCUACGAAUACGCAUAUCACCAACAACUUGACAAAAUGCUGGGAUGCUGUGACGAAAUUACCCUCUGCUAAUUGCAGAGAUAUUCCUUCUUACGAUAUUCCAGAUGCUUCCUCGCUUCCGAAUUCCUACAUAAGAUUUAUAGAAAGGUCCGCAGAAGAACUAGAUGGUGAGGUUGAAUACGAUAUGGAUGAGGAAGAUACGGCUUGGCUGGAGUCAGCAAAUGAAAAACGAGCCGAAAAUGAUUUACCUCCGGUUUCAAUGGAAUCCUUCGAAUUACUAAUGGAUCGAUUAGAAAAAGAAUCGUACUUCCUGGUUCAAAUGAAUAAAGAAGUAGACAGUUCACUUGCUGUAAUUGAUGAUGAAGCUGUUUGUUCAAUUUGUUUGGAUGGAGAAUGUCAGAACUCAAAUGUUAUAUUAUUUUGCGAUAUGUGUAAUCUAGCUGUACAUCAAGAUUGUUACGGAGUUCCAUAUAUACCUGAAGGACAUUGGUUAUGCCGCCGAUGCCUUCAUUCACCCUCUGCUCCCGUGGAUUGUGUGCUGUGUCCAAAUAAUGGAGGUGCAUUCAAGCAAACUGAUCGUGCUCAUUGGGCUCAUGUAGUUUGUGCUUUAUGGAUUCCUGAAGUGCGAUUUGCGAAUACAGUAUUUCUAGAGCCAAUUGAUAGCAUUGAGUCAAUACCAGCCGCUCGUUGGAGAUUGACUUGUUACAUUUGUAAACAACGUGGUGUUGGAGCUUGUAUACAAUGUCACAAGACAAACUGCUAUUCAGCUUUUCAUGUGACUUGUGCUCAACAAGCUGGUUUGUACAUGAAAAUGGAAACUGUUCGAGAUAACAAUCUUGGAGCUGUACUCGUACAAAAAAUUGCUUACUGUGAUACACAUGCACCCAUCGAUGCGGAAAGUAAAGCCCGCUUGCAAGCAGCCAAUAAGAAAAAAGAUCUUUCUGCGUCGUCUACUGAUAAAAUGAAAACUGCUCGUAAAGUGUUAGCUAAAAAGCGAUCGGUUGCCCCUGUCAUAUCCAUUCCAACUAUUCCUCCUGAAAGAAUACAAGAAAUCGCCUCGCUCAUCACAACACCAAAAAAAUCUUAUUUCAUUCAGCGAUUGAUCGCGUACUGGACUUUAAAAAGGCAAUUUAGAAACGGCGUUCCUUUAUUGAGGCGAUUACAGACGUCACACUUGGCGCGCCGUGACGAAUCUAAGCAGUCCAUUGAACAAGUCACGGAUAUUAGUGAACUAUAUCGACAAAUGAAGUACUGGCAAAGCCUCAGGCAGGAUUUGGAACGUGCAAGAUUACUUUGUGAAUUAGUUCGAAAGAGAGAGAAACAUAAAAAAGAAUUCGUCAAAGUAAAUGAAGAAUACGUUCUCACAGCGUUGAACCCGUUUCACGCAUUUCUUCUCAAGAUUAUCGCUCAACUGAAAGCUAAGGACACAGGAGAGAUAUUCAUAGAACCGGUUGAUCAGAAUGAGGUUCCUGAUUACGGUGACAUUAUAAAAAAUCCAAUGGAUUUGCAAACCAUGUCCGAAAAAAUAAAAAAUUUCGAGUAUCCGAAUUUAGAAGCUUUAGAAACCGAUUUCAAUUUAAUGAUUUCCAACUGCUUAGCGUAUAAUUCAAAAGAAACUAUUUUUUAUAAAGCUGGCAUCCGUAUGAAAGAACAAGGUGGAGCGAUUAUAAGACAGGCAAAGAAAGAUCUCCUUAUUAAUCGGUUUGACAUGACAACCGGUCUGCUUGUUGAUCAAGUUUCGUUUAAGGAAACUCAAAGUCAAAAAUCUAAAACAGAAUGUACACCUGUUGAAGAAGUUCAAGCUACAGAAAUAGAUAAAGAAUUGGCCGCCAUAGCGGAUCCUAACAAUCGUAUGGGUGAUAACGACAUCAUGUGUAAGUUAUUGCAGUUACUGGAUAAAAGCGAAUUACUCAAGCACAAAAGAGCCAGAAUGAAACGAGUUCAGCUAGUCAAAGUACAAAUGGCGAAUAUAAGACGAAAACAAACUCGCAAAAAUAAUGCUCAGUUGCGAGCUAAUGAAAAAGAAGAUAAGAUGGCUGAAUCAGAACCUGACGAUAGCAUAAAUCACAGUGUUCUUGAGAAUUUAAAAAAUACCCCAUCUUCAUCAGAUCAAAAAAAUGUUUCUAAUUUGGAAAACUCACCUGAUAGAAAUAAAAGAAAACGAAAAGAUGUUUCAUUUAAUGAUACCUCUACUCCCGAUAGAAAAAAACAUGAAGCUACUCCUUCGUCUCACAACGCAGAUACUCCCGUCAUUUUCAAGCGGCCUGAUAUUCCUCUCAACGCUGGUUCCGAGAAAAAAUCCGUUGUAAUUAAAAGAAGAAGAAAUAAACGUUUAUCAAAUGCUGCUUCAGGAUCAAAACCAGUAAUACCUAAUUCAGAAAGCUUUAGAAUUUAUAGAUCAAGUAACGAAAUGCCUGAUGAAACUGAUGAAGACACUCAAAGUAGUAGCAGCAGUUGCUCUUGUUCUGAUGAAGAAUCUGAAAAUUCUUCGAGCGAUAGUGACGAUAAUUCGACCGAAACAGGAAAUAAUGUUGAUGAAGACGUUGAUAGUGAAGAUGAUGAAGAAAAUAAAGUUGAUGACGGUGAGAACCUCGACGACGACAACGAUGAAGAUGAUGAUGAUGAUGAAGACGAUGAUGACGACGACGACGACGAUGAUGAUGAUGAUGAUGAUGAUGAUGAUGAUGAUGACGACGAUGAUGAUGAUGAUGAUGACGAUGAUGAUGACGACGAUGAUACGUAAUUAUGAAGCAGUAGCACUUCGCAGUGUUGCAGUGCAGUAAAUAUUUUUCAUGUUUUUUUUUUCUUUUUGCUUAAAAUAUGUGAGGUUCUGUUAUUCAGCUGUAGAUGCAUUCAUUUCAGUUUAUUCUAACAUUAAGAUAAUCGUUUACUUUAUAGGCUAUGACUUAUUUAUUUUCUCGUCUAUCGACAAAAAACUUCACUGCAGUAUUUUUUUCUAUUAUUUAUUUCCCCAUGAUUUUUUGAAUUACUGAUUAUUACAUAUAAGCUUAUUUCGUUGUUUUAUAAAAUUUCAUUGAGUAUUUAUUUUUGUGUGUUGUGUCGUGUAGUAGUUAUGGAUUUCCUUUACACUGGUGUAUUUUAAUUUGAAAUGUGAAAUAUCGUGAAUUUGUUUCUAUAUUUGUAUCGAUUAAAAUGAUAUUCAUAAUGUU